UCUCAAAAUCAACCAUAGUAAAUUGUGUGAAUCCCUAGCAUUAGAAAAUCGAGGAAGCGGCAGAGAAGAAGAGAAGAGAAGAGAAGGUACGUAAGACAUACACAUUUUAAAGAUCUGAAAAAGCUGCUUCGUUUGCUGGCUAUGGAUCUUGGAAUUGAACGACCAGACAUCGGCGGUGCCGAAAAUGGAGCUAAAUCGACACUGUGUAGCUCAUCUUCCUCCGGCCACGUCGCUUCUACCACUGAUUUAUUCAGGAGGGCCAUACUGGAGUCAGGGCCACCUGAAAAUUUUGCUCUCAAGACUGUCCAAGAAGUUAUUAAACCUCAGAAGCAAACAAAGUUAGUUCAAGAUGAGAAUCAGUUGUUGGAAAAUAUUCUACGGACAUUACUUCAGGAAUUGGUGUCAGCUGCAGUUCAGUCAGGGGAGAAAAUUAUGGAAUAUGGGCAACUGAUUGUUGAUGGGGAAGUGACUCAGGGUCAAAUUCCCCGCCUUCUUGACAUUGUACUGUAUCUUUGUGAGAAAGAACAUGUUGAAGCUGGUAUGAUCUUCCAGCUAUUGGAAGAUUUGACUGAAAUGUCUACAAUGAGAAAUUGCAAAGAUAUCUUCGGAUAUAUAGAGAGUAAACAAGACAUAUUGGGAAAGCCGGAAUUGUUUGCACGAGGCAAACUUGUGAUGUUGAGGACAUGCAAUCAACUUCUCCGUCGUUUAUCAAAGGCAAAUGAUGUUGUGUUUUGUGGACGAAUUAUAAUGUUCCUUGCUCAUUUUUUCCCAUUAUCAGAACGUUCAGCUGUCAAUAUCAAGGGAGUUUUCAACACAUCAAAUGAGACAAAAUAUGAGAAAGAGGCUCCUGAAGGCAUUUCUAUUGAUUUCAACUUCUACAAAACGUUUUGGAGUUUACAGGAACAUUUUUGUAAUCCUGCUUCCUUAACUCUCGCUCCAACAAAGUGGCAGAAGUUUACUUCCAGUUUAAUGGUUGUGUUGAAUACCUUUGAUGCACAGCCUUUAAGUGAUGAAGAGGGUAAUGCUAAUAAUCUUGAGGAUGAGGCAGCAACCUUCGGCAUAAAGUAUCUCACCAGCAGCAAACUGAUGGGUCUAGAGUUAAAAGAUCCAAGUUUUCGACGCCAUGUCCUUGUCCAAUGCCUUAUUUUGUUUGAUUAUCUGAAGGCACCAGGGAAAAACGACAAAGAUUUGCCCUCUGAAACAUUGAAGGAAGAAAUAAAAUCUUUUGAGGAGCGUGUAAAGAAGCUUCUUGAAAUGACUCCACCUAAUGGCAAAGAAUUUCUUAAUAGUAUUGAUCAUAUAUUGGAAAGGGAAAGGAAUUGGGUCUGGUGGAAACGUGAUGGUUGCCCACCUUUUGAAAAGCCACUAAUAGAGAAGAAAUCAGUUCAAGAUGGAGCAAAAAAGCGUAAGAUACGGUGGAGACUAGGGAAUAAAGAACUAUCUCAGUUGUGGAAAUGGGCAGAUCAGAAUCCG